CGGGAGCCGGGGCGGCGCGGGGCGGCGGCUCCGGCUCGGGGUUAUGAGCUGGGGCCAUGGUGCCGCCGGCCGGCGCGAGGCUCCUCCCGCGCCCGGGAGCGCGCGCCCUGCUCAGCCGCCUGCUGCUGCUGCUGCUGGCGCUGUGCCCCGGCGGCUGCGUGCCGCGCCGCCGGCCCGCGGGGCCGCCCGUCGUGCUGGUUCCGGGGGACUUAGGUAAUCAGUUGGAAGCAAAAUUGGAUAAGCCGUCAGUAGUGCACUAUCUCUGCUCUAAGAAGACGGACAGUUAUUUUACACUCUGGCUGAAUUUAGAAUUGCUUCUGCCUGUCAUCAUUGACUGCUGGAUUGAUAACAUCAGGCUGGUGUAUAAUCGAACGAGUAAGAUUACAGAACCACCAGAUGGAGUAGAUAUCAGAGUCCCAGGCUUUGGGCAGACAUUUUCCUUGGAAUUCCUUGACCCAAGCAAAAGGAGUGUUGGCAGUUACUUUUAUAUGCUGGUGCAAAGUUUAGUAGACUGGGGCUACAAACGGGAUGAAGAUGUAAGAGGAGCACCUUAUGACUGGCGAAAGGCACCAAAUGAGAAUGGACACUAUUUUGAGGCCCUUCGCAAGAUGAUUGAGUUAAUGUAUGAACAGUAUGGAAGUCCUGUUGUCUUAAUUGCCCACAGUAUGGGUAAUAUGUACACCCUCUACUUUCUCAAUCAUCAGACUCAGGAUUGGAAAGACAAGUACAUAAAGGACUACGUGUCAUUAGGUGCUCCAUGGGGAGGAGUUGCUAAAACUCUCCGUGUGCUGGCUUCAGGUGACAACAACAGAAUACCUGUCAUCAGUUCACUCAAGAUUCGAGACCAGCAGAGAUCAGCUGUUUCCACAAAUUGGAUGCUUCCCUACAACUACACUUGGCCUCCAGAUAAGGUCUUUGUAAGCACACCUACAACCAACUACACUCUCCGGGAUUAUCAAAAAUUCUACAGGGACAUUAACUUUGAAGAUGGCUGGCUCAUGAGACAAGACACUGAACUCUUGGUGUACCAGAUGACACCACCUGGUGUGCGCAUUCACUGUCUUUACGGUACUGGCGUAGAAACACCUGAUUCCUUCCAUUAUGAAAGCUUUCCCGAUAAAGAGCCGAAGAUCCUUUACAGCGAUGGGGAUGGUACAGUAAACUUACAGAGUGCCUUGCAAUGUCAAAAAUGGGUGGGCAUGCAAAAACAGGAAGUGGUGAUGUUUGAGCUUUCAGGAAAUGAGCAUAUUCAAAUGCUAUCCAAUGAUACUACUAUCUCCUAUGUGAAAAAGCUGCUUUUUGAUUUGUGACACCAUGUGUUGACAGUUAUUUUCCUCACCUAUGAUGCCUUUCCUUAAAUUAGGGAAAAUGCCUUUUGAUCCCAUGAUAUUUAGAUAGAUGAAUUAUUUAUUUGGUCUUUUUUUUUUCUCCUUCUUUGUUCAAGAAGUUGUUGGUGUCCUAAAUGAUAAUUUGUCUCUGUGUUCAUAAUGCAUUGUGGUAUUUUCACAUUAUGAAAAUCUUCUCAAAUAUACAUUUUGGUACCUCUGGUGGUGUAUCCAAUAUCCAUACAUGGACUUUAAUUUGGAGACUCUGCAGCCCCUUGCACAUACUGUAUGAUUUACUUUUGUGUGGUCUUUGAAGGGUUUGGAGCAGGAGGGCUGGGAAGGAUUGUAAUUUCAAUUGCCCGUGAAACAAAGGAAAGAUUAAAAAUUUGGAAAGCAGGGUAAACUUAGUAUAGUUUGAAAAGUGCAGAUCUGCUAAGUAUUGUAGGCAAGAGGUUUGGUACUGCAUUACCUUUUGUCACAUCCAGUGUUCCUGUUGCUGAAGCUUUUGGGUAAGAGGAAAGAUGCGUGAAUUACUUGAGGCUGAAGCUGUUUGCUCUUCAAGUUCUAGAGGUUAAUGACUUAAAAUCUGUAGUCUGAAGAUUGCUCACCUUGUGCUUUACUUGUCAAUGGAGGAACAAAGCUAUGCAGUGCAUGGUGCUUCUAACAAUCAAAGCUGUGUGCAGUGGUGCAUCAGUCAAAAAUAAUAGACUCAAAUACUGGCAAACAAUGCAUACAGUGCAGAAUUUUUGUACUUCUGUGUGAAAAAUGUCUCCUGUGGUAGAAAUGAUAAUGGAUAGUAGGCAUUCAAAAAAUGGAAAGUGAAUUUCUUGAAAUGGGAGGUGGGGUGGAGCAGCCAAUGUUAUACAGUAUGAAAUACAAAUCUUGUUCUUGGCCAAAUUCUCUGAUCCAAGAGAACUGGUUUCUGGCCAAGCAGUGAUUGGAUCAAAAUUGCUGAAAAGAACCUUAAAAAUUUACAGACUAAAAAUACACUUCCCAUGGAUUACUUUGUUAUUACUGUCUCAAGAGGUUCGGAUAUACAGUUCCUUGAAUGUUUAGAUAAUUGUAUAGCAUACAGGUCUGAAUUGCUACAAUAUUGUUUUACUCAGGUUAACAAGCGUUUCGGGUCCGAACUUUGGAGAAGUGGUAGCUUAAAUGAGCAUGGUAUUUACAGCCUUGAUUACAGAAAUCCUCUUGGAGAAAAAUUCCCUUUUGCUUACUUAAAAUCAGUCACCCAGUUAGACUGCACUUACUUUUCUGAAAAAGACAGUAUGGAUGCUUUCCAAAUGCUGGGUCCUCCAGCAAAAAUUUUAUUUUUAACAUUUUUCAGAAACUCAUCAGAUAUAUUGAGGUUACAUUACUUAGGAAAUUGAAGCUGUCUAGAGGAUAAAUUUUAACUUUUAACUAUUUUUGUAGCACACACAAAAUGCUGCCACUAAAUGUAUAAAUGUUGCAAUGACAAUAGACUUGAAUUCUUGUUACUAUAAAAUGCAAACAUUUUGGCACAGGGUAGGUCUAAGGCUUCAAGUUUUAAUUCAGAAAUGAUUUGUAAAUUCAGAACAACUGAAACUAGGGUCGUAGAUAAGUGGAGUGUACUCUUGAGGUUUUAACUUUCUUUUUAUGUAGCUUCAUUAUCCUUGCAUAUCCCCUAUUACUUUUGGUGAAGAAGACGCACUUUUCUGAUUUUUAAAAUGGAAUGUUUAACUUAUCAGUUGUUCAGGAACCUGCAGUUCCACAGCUAUAUUUUCCAGACUUCUUUAGUGUUAAUACUGAGUUGUCCCAAGUAAAUUGUAACUGCUGAAAUGAAGCAACACACACAAAAACAUUUUUUAGCUGAUUGUUCUAUUUGGUGCAGGGCUGUUGGAUGGAUAAGCUUCAGACUUGUGUUCCAAGGCUGCUCGAGGAUAAAGCUCUUCCUGUGGUCUGACUGUUUUUGAAUAAAUUGCUACAUUGCUGGUUUACAACAGAAAAAUUACAGAAAAUACAGCUUUUCACAGUUUCUAUUUCUUGCUGAAAUAGAGUGCCUGUUAAUAAACACUUGGAUGAGUUGAGCUGGAGGCUGUAUUGCAGGUCACCAAUGUGGUCAUCGAGGGCUGAAAAAAAAAACAUAGGCUAACAGCUCUUAACCUGAGCUGGAGAAUGUUUUGAAGCUUCAUGCAGAUCCUUACAUGUUUAGUCAGUGCAUUCUUUCAGUCUUGUACCAAGCUCACUGUAAAGUGGAUGCAGCAAGUAAACUACAUCAUUCUAGUCACUGAAAUGGAACUAUUUCACUCAGCGUUUGAGAAGGCCCUAGUCACUAAGGUUUGUUUCUCUACAUUUGAAAGCAAGAAUAUUUAGCAUUAUUGUUAUAGGCCUGCUAGAGCCAUGUGCACUUCAGCAUUCUAGAUUCUUGUGGAGUGGGGGAGUGAGAGGGGGAAGUCUGAAUAAAUGCAUCUUUAUAGAAAGAAGAGAUUGUGGCACUUCCAUAGUAGGAGUAACUCAGGUGCUUUGCCACUCUUCACAGUUGAAAUGUUUAAAUUUACUGACAUGUCUUCAUUAUACCUGGAAUAUAUGGAACAUGUCUCUUUCCUGAACUUUUACAUGGUUUUGUUUAUCCAGAAUGUUUUCAGAAACCAAAAAUAGUCUUGAGGACCAAAUGUGUCCAUUUUAGACAAAAAGUAAAGAGAAUGCUGAAGGGGUUUCAGCUGUCAUUGUAAUACUUCUGAAGAGGUUCAGAGUCACUAUGUGAUUCUGUUAAAAAAUAGAAGGCUUCAAAAACUAGCAAUAAUUGCAAAGGACUUGCAGACCAAAGGAAGGAAUGUUUAGUAUUAAUGUAGUUGUUGGAGCACAGUGUGUUAAAGGCCCUCUUCAAUUCAGGGGAUGUUUGGCUAUGACUUUGCUGCUCUACACUUUAACAGUAUUUUGUACAGAACAUAAUCUGAGACCUAGCAUUUUAUAUGCCACUUUUGUGUAUGAAUGAGUUCACCAGAUUUUGCAUAUUUUAUUGUCUUUGACAUAAUAAAGUUGAUCUAAUACUGUG